AUGUGCAAGCUAGUGGUCGAUGUAAGUAUGAUUGGACAAUUUGGUAUUGGGUUUUGUUACGCUUACGUUGUCACCGAAAGGGUUGUUGUGACUUCUAAACAUAAUGAUGAUGAGCAAUAUAAAACGAUUGAGAAGAAGAUCGGUGACAAUGAGGAUGAUGAACCAAAGAAGAAAGAAGAGGAUGAUGUUGAGGAAGUUGACGAGGAGAAGGAGACCAAAUCCAAGAAGAAGAAGAUUAAGGAGGUUUUCCAUGAGUGGCAGCUCAUUAACAAGCAGAAUAACAUCAAGCUUAUGGAAUGGAACAGUCCAAAGCUGAGCAUUUUACAUCUGUUUGGGUUUUGCCGUUGUGAGCUUGCAUGCGCCCAAGUUAUGAGUAAGGGACCAAUAGAUGAGAGAGGGGUCUUUAUCUUUCACGUGUCAACCACCAUAUGGGAUUCUGGGACUUUCAAAAAUACACGUGUACUCGGAUGGAUCCCAAUCUACUCCAUUGCGAGAAUGGUCUCCGAUUUGAAUGCUUUUAAAUGCCAUGCGGCUCUUGGUCUAGAAAAUUUCUUAUAA